CUUUCUUUAUCUCUCUCUCUCCUUCUCCCCCUCUCUCGCUUUCUCUCUCAUUUAUAUAUCACACGCGACAAGUUCUCGAGAGAACGAUCGAAGAGAUAUCAGCGGUUACACUGGGAACUUCAUUUUGUUUUAAACGUCAAAAAUAAUAAUAAUCCGUUUUAUAUAUAUAUAUCAAUUCAAUGCUUAUAAAAUCAAAUUUAACGAUAUGCAUGAAAAUUAUAUUCGAAAUUUUCAAUGGCAGCAAUUCAAUAAGAAAUGUUCUUUGUUCGUACUUUUAGCUUGUAUAUAAUCUUUAUGAUGAAUUUUUGGUUAUUAAUAACAUUAAAUUUGUAAAUACAAAGCUAUUCUCAAUCGUAAACUUACUAUGUACUAUACGAACUUUCCCCUACGAUUAUGUCUAAAACUGCACAUAAGUUAAAUAAGAAAAAGUUUUAUUUAAGAUUAAAAAUAUAAUCGCGAUGGUAGUUUCAACUUGACGUUGUGUAAUUCUUCGCUAUAGAAGAAAAAAUUACUAAAGUAUGUUACGAUUGUUUUACAUAACCCGAUCGUAUUGUUAGCGAGAUAAUUGUUCUUCAGUACUAUUAUUUUAUACAAAUGAAAUAGUAUUAAAGGAAUUUCUAUUCAUUCAUGACGUACUAAACAGAUACGAAUUAAUAACUAUAAUGAAGUGUCAGACAAUAUUUAAUAAUAUACGCACAUUUUCUACUGAAAAUAUUAUACCAAAAGUAUGCAUUGUUGGUUCAGGACCAGCAGGUUUUUAUGCUGCUCAACAAUUACUAAAGAUAUCAAAAGAUAUUAGAGUUGACAUAUUAGAAAGACUACCAGUCCCAUUUGGUUUAGUGCGUUUUGGUGUAGCACCAGAUCAUCCAGAAGUAAAAAAUGUUAUCAAUACGUUCCAUAAAACUGCUAUGAAUCCACGUGUUCAAUUUAUUGGUAAUGUUAAUGUUGGAAGAGAUAUUACAGUUAAUCAAUUACAAGAAAUAUAUCAUGCUGUGUUACUUACUUAUGGAGCAGAAGAGGAUAAAUUACUUAAUAUCCCUGGAGAGGAUUUAAAUAAUAUAAUAUCAGGACGUCGAUUUGUAGGAUGGUAUAAUGGUGUACCAGCAGAUAAAAAUUUAAAUAUAAAUUUAGAUGUAGAAGAAGCUGUUAUAUUGGGUCAAGGUAAUGUGGCAAUAGAUAUUGCAAGAAUUCUUUUGACCUCUAUUGAUCAUCUUAAGUGUACAGAUAUAACGGCACAUGCGCUGGAACAUCUUUCAAGCAGUAAAGUGCGUAAAGUUCGAUUAAUAGGAAGAAGAGGUCCAUUGCAAGCUGCAUUUACAAUUGCAGAAUUACGAGAAAUUUUAAAACUUGAAAAUUGUAAAACAUUUUGGCGAAGAGAAGAUUUUAUUGGUAUAAAUGAAAUUGUACCUAUGUUAGCAAGACCAAGAAAACGAUUAACGGAACUUAUGUUGAAAUCUUUAAAUGAACAAUCCGCAAAUUGUACCACAGUUAAAAAAGAACUACAUCCAAUAUUUUUGAGAAGCCCUAUAGAAUUUUUUGGUUUUAAAAAUGUUGAAAAGAUAAAGUUAUCAGUAAAUAAACUUGAAGGAGAUAAUAUAAAUACACAGAAAGCAAAACCUACAGAUGAGAUAGAAGAAAUAUCAUGUGGUAUAGCUUUUCGAAGUAUUGGUUAUAAAUCUGUACAAAUAGAUAAAUCAAUACCAUUUAAUAAUAAGAAAGGUUGUGUAAAAAGUGUUGGAAAAGUAAAAGAAAAUCUUUAUGCUGCUGGUUGGGUUGCUACUGGACCUGUUGGUGUAAUAUUAUCUACAAUGACUAAUGCAUUUGAGAUUGCUUCACUGAUAAAUAAAGAACUUUCAAUUAAAGAAAAUAAGCCAGGUUCUGAAGAUCUUCAUAAAGUUCUUAAUUUAAAAAAUAUUCCUACAAUAUCGUAUAGUGACUGGGAGAAAAUAGAUCAAAUAGAACGACAAAGAGGUAAAGAAAUGGGAAAGCCAAGAGAAAAAAUAGUUGAUAUAUCAGAAAUGUUGAAUAUCGCUUUGAAUUAAUAUAGUUAUUUCUUAUUAAAAUAUGUCAAAAAAUAAAAUAAAAAUAUACAUGUAAUUAUAUCCCUCUAUUUACAUUCUUAUACAUACAUACAUUCUUAUUUUAAAAGAUAUAAAUAUAUAAUAUAUUAUAUAUUUGAUAAAUAAAUAAAUAUCGCUGUUCAAAAUAUAUUAUAUAAACAUAUUAAUAAACAACAAAAUAUAUUAAUAAACAAAUAUAGAUAAAA